UCCCUAAUCACAAAUGAAGCUUCCCCCAAAUCCCAAUCCCAAGUCCACCAAAAAAAAAAGGUAUAAUAAUUUAAAUUCCCCCCCUUGUCUACCAUAUAUAUUCAUAAACAACCAAUGAAUAAGAAGAGAAAAAGAAAAGAAAAAUCUUGAAAGGACCACCCCCCAACCCAACUCCCCCAUCCUCCUCCAGAAUAAUACGCCUUCUGCCCUUCUCUCUCUCUCUCAAGUCUUAAGCCAUUUUCAUUUUCAUUUCAUUUUUCAUCUGUGAACUAAAACAGCAGCCAUGGAGAUGAUCAAUCACCUCCACUGGCCGGGUGCGGCGGAGAAACUCGACAGCAGCGGAGGGAAGAAGGCGGCCGAGCACGGCAGCAGUUCGGAGGAUGACGACGAUGAGGAAGAGAUGCCGUCGUCGCUGAGCCUCAGAGAGCUCUCCAAGAUCAUACUUCCGCCGUUGGGAGUUUCCAGUUUCACUGAGCAUGCUCAAAUCAAGUCCAUCAAGUGGAUCAUCUCUCCCAUGAGCUCCAGAUACAGGUGGUGGCAGUCGUUCAUGGUGGUUCUGGUUGCUUACUCAGCGUGGGUUUAUCCAUUGGAAGUGGCGUUUGUGGACGCGAUUCCCAAGCGGGGAUUGUACAUUGCAGAUAACGUGGUCGAUUUCUUCUUCGCCAUUGAUAUCUUCUUGACCUUUUUUGUCGCUUACAUCGACCAUCGGACUCAGCUUCUGGUUCGUGAUUCGAAGAAGAUUGCUCGCAGGUACUUGUCAACAUGGUUCUUGAUGGAUUUGGCGUCAACAAUCCCAUUUGAGGCAUUGGCCUACUUGUUCACAGGAAAAUAUGAUAUUGGUCUCCCAUAUUCACUUUUGGGCUUGCUCAGAUUUUGGCGACUGCGACGUGUCAAGCAAUUUUUCACAAGGCUUGAGAAGGACAUUAGAUUCAGCUACUUCUGGGUUCGAUGUGCUAGGCUUCUAUCUGUCACAUUGUUUUAUGUCCAUUGUGCUGGAUGCCUCUACUACAUGUUGGCUGACCGAUAUCCACAUGAAGGAAAGACCUGGAUUGGAACUGCGAUUCCAAAUUUCAAAGAGACUAGCCUUGGAGUGAGAUAUAUUUCAGCCUUAUAUUGGUCUAUCACCACCAUGACCACCGUCGGUUAUGGUGAUCUUCAUGCUGUGAACACCAUAGAGAUGAUCUUCAUCAUUUUCUAUAUGCUCUUCAAUCUUGGCUUAACUGCUUACUUGAUCGGUAACAUGACAAACUUAGUCGUUGAAGGAACUCGUCGCACGAUGGAAUUUAGAGAUAGCAUUGAAAUGGCAUCACAUUUCGUUAACCGAAACCGCCUGCCUGGAAGGUUGAAGGAACACAUAUUGGCAUACAUGUGCUUGAGGUUCAAGGCCGAGAGCCUAAACCAACAACAACUGAUCGAACAGCUUCCAAAGUCAAUUUGCAAAAGCAUCUGUCAGCAAUUGUUUUUGCCGACCUUGCAGAAAGUCUACCUCUUCAAGGGUGUCUCAAAGGAAACACUUGCGCUGCUGGUGGCAAAGAUAAAAGCCGAGUAUAUACCACCCAAGGAGGACGUGAUAAUACAAAACGAGACCCCUGAUGAUGUUUAUAUCAUUGUGUCUGGGGAAGUUGAAAUUAUCGACUGUGAGAUGGAGGUGGAGCGGACUGUUGGGACCUUACAUUGUGGCAGCAUGUUUGGGGAAGUUGGAGCACUUUGUUGCAGAAACCAAAAUUUUACGUACAGAACCAAAACUCUUUCGCAGCUCUUGAGGCUGAAAACAAGUGUACUACAAGAAGCUAUGCAUGUCAAACAAGAAGACAGUAUAGUCAUUGUCAAGAACUUCCUUCAGGAAAGGGAGCUCAGCCACAAAAUCACCAUAGACGGUUCGCCCGCAAAAGAAGCAGUGCCGGUGUUGAGUGAAGAAAAAGAGCAAAGUUUCAACUGGAAACACUCCAUUGAAUUAGAUUCUGCAAGAGUUAACAUAUACAAAGGCCAUCCAGUAGCCAGAAAGCAGGCUUCUUGUGAUGAUCCUGGAAAGUUGAUCAAAUUGCCACAUUCAAUGGAGGAGCUAAAAAAAGUUGCAGGUGAAAAGUUUGGGUUUGAUGCAAGAAAUGCUCUUUUGACAAAUGAAGAAGGCUCUGAAAUUGAUUCUAUUGAUGUGAUAAGGGAUAAUGAUAAGCUUUUUUUCAUAGUUGCAGACGAU